AUGAUACCGCUGUCAUUCAGAUCAGGCUGUCAAAAAAGUGACCAUCAAGAAUGUGAUGAAAUCUGUAAGCAAGACUCAUUUUGGUACGGUGAGUGCCGAAGCUGGACUGGGCGAGAGUUUAGCUGUGAAUGUUUCGAAUAUCGAGAACCGCUCGAUAAAACGCUGUGCACUGAACGACAACGGGAAUGCGUGAACCACUGUAAAAAACAGGGACUAGAAGGUGGUUACUGUUAUGUACAUACAAUGCCGGAGGCUGAACGCGGUGUUGCCGACUGUAAAUGUUUAGAGGCAGUUCCAAUCAUUAAGUGA